GAAUUACAUACGCUUUGACCGAAAGUGCCGAAAGGUGACAAAAAAUCAAAAAAAUCAAAAUAAAGUUCGAAAUAAAAAUAUUUUUAACUUUUUAGAAAUGCUUACAUUAUUAUACUACUAAGAAAAUUAAAUUAUCUGUACUUCUACAUCUUCUUGUAAUUAAUGGAUGUAAUCACAACACUGUAAUAAUGUGAAUAUAGAUAGUAAUUAUAGGAAUUAAACAUAAUAGGAAAUAAAGCUAUUUUACAUAAAAUAUGUUUCGCCGAUUUUAUCACUGUUCUUGCGUGCUUUAUAACAAAAAACAAGGUGUUAAAUUAUGUAAAAUGUUAAAUCCAAAGAACAAAAAGCAAUGGUACCCAGUACAGCCUAUAGAUACAAACAGUAUGCCAAGUGUAAAAAGCUUGACCAAAAUAAAAUAUGAGCCAGGAAAGCGAGGCAUCCGUAGAGUGGCAAUGCUCAAUAAGUUAUUCAUGAAAAACAUUACAGACAUCAUGUCUACAGGAACAGUAUCUAUGCAAGUGGUGGGCAGAGGGAUUGAAAUAUCUAAGGUGACAGUAACACCAGACUUCAAAACAGUGAAUGUUUUCUGGGUAUGCAAGGGUGAUAUGUCAGACGAUGAGACAAACUGCUUCCUCCACUCCAUUGCGGGGCCUUUAAGACAUGAGCUGUCAACCCUUAGGCUGAUGGGUGAAGUGCCCUACAUAGUGUUUGUUAAAGAUAGGCAAGAGGCACGGUUAGUUGACUUGGAUCGUCGGCUGGCAAUGGUAGAUUAUGGCGAAGAUUAUAUACCAACUGAAAUGGGACAUUUACUAAAGACAGAUUUUAUGUCUAACACUAAAUUAUCACCAGAAAUGAAGGCAAAAAUAAAACAACUAGAAGACGAACUGCCAAUUAUAGAAGAACCGCUACCAGAAAUGACACACAACGUUUUUGGGUUGGACCAUGAGAAGAUUAUGAACAGGCUUCUAGCUGCUAGGAAGAGAACCAAAGAGGCUUGGGACAAUAUAGAUGCAGAUGCUGAAUCUAGUGUGAUAACCUAUAGAGCUUCAGGAGUUAAAGGUUCAGAGAUUGAUGUUGGCAAACAGAAGAAGGAGUUAGCAGAGUUCUUAAUGAAACGACAGAUCCUACAAAAUAAGCUUCACAAAAAACUCCGAGACGAACGCGCACCUCUAGAAGCAAUGCACGACGAACAAACCAGUUAUGUGGAAGACGAAGAUUACGACGAAGAUUAUUACGACGACUUAGACGAUCCUUUUUAUGCUGAUAAAGAGUUAGCAGACAGUGGAAAGAAUAUGAGAUAAUGCUGUAUUACUAUUGGUUAGUUUACUAUUUGUAAAUAGUUAUACUCGUUGAUUAGUAGGUAUAUAAAUUAAUGAAAGAAAGUAAA